GAACGUCAAGUGGCUCUCAAAUUCUUCUCAUCCAUGGCCGCAGCCAGACAGAUGGGUUCAACGGCCGAGGAACAGAGCGCGAAGCUACAGCAGAUCCUUCACACUUUGGAAAAGUAAGUUUUACAAUCUUUGAACCAGGUCAUUCAAACUUGAGAGGAGAACUUUAGUGUGUGGGAGGCAUUCAUCAAACAAUAUCAAAAUAAGUUUGUGGGACAGCCUUAUUAAUUAUGUACACAAUUAUUUCAAGUUUAUUGACUAGCCCUUGUUUUUUUUAAAUUUUACUCCAAACAUAAAAUCUGCAUCUUCAAAUCUGUAUCCUGUAAAGGCAAAAAAUUGAUCUUCCAUUUAGAUCAUAAGAAGGCCAAAAGUAGUCCACAUGCCUCCCCAUUUACUAGAUUUGGGAAAACAUGUUAAACAUUUUAAUAAAACUAUAAGAAUUAAAUACUUAAUAUUAAACUUUUAAGUGAACCCUUCUGUGACUUAUGAAACUGCACACCCUCCCCACCCCCCCCAGGCAAAGUUGUGUUGUUCUUUAUAGCCUUUUAGCGUCGCCUCUAAUGUGGCACCCGGGUCGGUGCACUGCCCUCUAAGAUGGCACCUUAAACUUUUAAGUGAACCCUUCUGUGACUUAUGAAAGUAUAAUCCCCCCCCCCCCCCCCACCCUUUUUCGUUUUAUAAAAGAUCCACUCCUCAGCCAAGAGAAUCCAAGGAGUCGCCAGUAAAAGGAAAAGAAAGCAAGUUAAAAUAUAUCCAACUGCUGGACCCAGAGACCAGAACCAAUAGAUGGAUGCAUACAACAUGGCACCAUCUCCCUGGUAGGUCUGAGUUAGUAGGCACACAAAAUAGAACCAUCUUUGUGGUAGGUCUGAGUUAGUAGGCAUACAACAUGGCACCCUCUCCCUAGUAGGUCUGAGUUAGUAGGCAUACAACAUGGCACCAUCGCCCUGGUAGGUCUAAGUUAGUAGGCAUACAACAUGGCACCAUCUCCCUGGUAGGUCUAAGUUAGUAGGCAUACAACAUGGCACCAUCUCCCUGGUAGGUCUGAGUUAGUAGGCAUACAACAUGGCACCAUCGCCCUGGUAGGUCUGAGUUAGUAGGCAUACAACAUGGCACCAUCUCCCUGGUAGGUCUGAGUUAGUAGCAUACAACAUGGCACCAUCUCCCUGGAAGGUCUAAGUUAGGCAUGCAAAAUAGCACCAUCUUUGUGGUAGGUCUGCGUUAGUAGCAGGCUAUUUUUGAUGUUGUAGUUGUAGCUGUGCCCUUGCACAUCUGUCUUGCAGAUCAUUGAACAAUUUCAAUACAACAUUUGAUUCUGUAUGUCCAAAAAUAGGUAGACUUUUGAAUUUUCUAAAUUUACUAUUCCAUUUUUUUUUAAUCUUCAACUUGUUAAAAGUAUUAAAAUUGUCAUCUUUACAUUAUUGACAAAAGUAGAAUUAUUUACUUCUUUUUUUUUUUUAAACAUCCAAUGCUUACAAUUUCAAUAUUUACAGGCAACACACACAAAAAAAGUUGCAUCAAAAAUUUAAUCAAAGUGUUUUAUCAUUCAGUUUUAAUUCCUAAAUUAUGCUUUGAGGUGGCGUAAUAAAAAAAUAGACUAAAACAAACCUUAGACAACAAAGAAGGCAACUUUCCAGUAAGAGGAAGAGGGGCCUAGAACUAGAAGGGGACCAAAACAUUGUGUUACCACCCCUCAUGUGUUGAGUGCAGUCCUUCUACUUCUAGUCUGAGGGGUUUUGUUGUAUCUUGUAUUGUAUCAGUUGGUCAAUCAGCCUCAUCCUCAAAUUAAUACAAUAAUAUCCCCAUUCCUAUUGAUUUUAUGUUGUAGGAGUUUAUAGAUCAAUCCUUCUCUUUAUUACUAUUACUAAAGUUUGUUUUGAGCUGACCCACUGCUCUCUUUAUUACAAAAUGUAUGUAUAUCUAGCAUAUGUUAGUAACACCAGCCGUUUUCCUGUUAGUAGAUCAAUAUAGAAAAAUUGGUAACACAAAGAAAUAGACUUUAUCCACCAAUUAUUACUGGAUUACUAAUGUUUCCAUGACUUUAUAUUACCAAUGUUUCUCUUUAAUUCAUGUCUUUCUAUGACUUUAUAUUACCAAUGUUUCUCUUUAACUUUAAUUCCUUUGUUUUUAUAACUUUUUAUUACCAAUGUUUCUCUUUAAUUUUAAUUCCUGUGUUUCUAGGACUUUAUAUUACCAAUGUUUCUCUUUAACUUUAAUUCCUUUGUUUUUAUAACUUUAUAUUACCAAUGUUUCUCUUUAAUUCCUGUGUUUCUAGGACUUUAUAUUACCAAUGUUUCUCUUUAACUUUAAUUCCUUUGUUUUUAUAACUUUAUAUUACCAAUGUUUCUCUUUAAUUUUAAUUCCUUUGUUUUUAUAACUUUAUAUUACCAAUGUUUCUCUUUAAUUUUAAUUCCUGUGUUUCUAGGACUUUAUAUUACCAAUGUUUCUUUUUAAUUCCUGUGUUUCUAGGACUUUAUAUUACCAAUGUUUCUCUUUAACUUUAAUUCCUUUGUUUUUAUAACUUUAUAUUACCAAUGUUUCUCUUUAAUUUUAAUUCCUUUGUUUUUAUAACUUUAUAUUACCAAUGUUUCUCUUUAAUUUUAAUUCCUGUGUUUCUAGGACUUUAUAUUACCAAUGUUUCUUUUUAAUUCCUGUGUUUCUAGGACUUUAUAUUACCAAUGUUUCUCUUUAACUUUAAUUCCUUUGUUUUUAUAACUUUAUAUUACCAAUGUUUCUCUUUAAUUUUAAUUCCUUUGUUUUUAUAACUUUAUAUUACCAAUGUUUCUCUUUAAUUCAUGUGUCUCAAUGACUUUAUAUUAACAAUUUUUCUCUUUACUUUAAUUUAUGUUUUUUGCACGAGUUUAUUCCAUAAUUAUUUUUUUAAAUCUCCUAGAAUACAAGGAUGACAACCCUGUCAAUAACUGGAGCUCCCACUACACCAGGCCACAUGCACCGACUCCCAGACAUUACGUUAUUCACCCCGACUGGAGUUAAAAAUGUUUACUUGUGAACCUGUAAAUGUGAAAGGAAUUUUUUACUUUUAUUCGUGUAGCAGGUUUAACUUCCUACAAAUAGACAUGUACAUGAUAAGGACAAUUACUUUAACCUGGUGGCUCAGCUGGUUAGGGUGUAAUGUUUUUAAUGGGAUUUUUUUUCCGUUUCUACCCCCCUCCACACUAGUUACAUUUGACUUGUUGCUUUAAGAAAAGUAUUGCCUGUUAAAUUAAGGUCUGAAUCAAUUCCAAUGAAGCAGCUGUUCUUCAUAAUGACAAAGUUAUGUCAAGAAAUAAUGCCAUAAUGUGCAAGUUAAAUUGUUUUAAAUAUGCGAGUUUAAAUUUUCAAAACUUUUUAUUUUAAUGUUCAAAACUUUUUAUUUUAAUUAAGGGGAAUAGAGUGAAGUGUAUGGGCACAGUAUUCCCAGGGAACAUUUAUUGUUGAAACCUAGUUGUUCAAAACUCAUGAGACUAGGCACAAUAUGUUUAGUUUUUUUCUUUAGACUAACAUAUUUGUUGAUUUUACUUAUAACUAUAGUCUCAAAAUCUAUUUUUUUUCCCUCCAAAGUGAUCAAAGACCUUCAGUUAUCCUUCAUUAGAUUUUGUUUGUUAUAUGUUUGUGGGUGGACUUGCUCUCAUAAUGCAAAACAAGGGUGUUCUUGGCUUAUCUAUAAUGAUUCUACACAAGCCUACUUAACUAACCCCUAUUGGUUUGACAUCAUGUGUUAUCAUUUGUAAUUCUUCAUUCUGGAUUGAGCUCAGUGAAAAGCAGUCUUUAAUUUUUUUUCCACCUGUUGCAAAAAUAAUAAAGUACCUGUUGAUACAUUUUUUUAUUUAAA